AAAAUUAAUUCAUAGUUAUUUUGGAAACCUCUUGACAAAAAAAAAAAAUAAUGUUAAUCAGAUGCAUAAUACAUAUUACAAACCCAACCAUAUCAACAAUUACAAACAGAAAACCAAAAAGCGAGUGCGGUCCGCUCGGGGUUUUUAGUUACGCCAAUUUGCCUACCCCUCUAUCUCUUCCCUGGAAGACUCAUCUUUCUGAUCCGUAUAUUAAUUGCUUCAAAGCUUUCGCUGCUCUCACCCUCCUUCUCACCCAAACGCCCGUCCUACCUCUCUAACACAUCGCCACCUCACACCAUUUACAGCUUUCCUCAAUUCAUUUCCUUGUUUUCUUCUCUUUGCUGUUCCUGUAUUUUACUGGGUAUUUCGUCGGCGGUUUUAGGUAAAUGAGGGAUUCGAAUUCGGAUCUGUUUGACCCGGUUCUUGCAAUGGAAGCGUCUUUUUCACGCGGUGGUGCGUCGUCCGACGCUGAUUUCGGCUUCGCUUUCAACGAUAGUAAUUUCUCCGACCGCCUGCUUCGAAUCGAGAUCAUGGGUGAUAUGAACGAAACCAGACCCGAUUCAGAGGCCUGCACUAGCAUCGCUGAUUGGGCUCGUCACCGCAAGCGCAGAAGAGAGGAUAUCAAGAAGGAAAAUGUUGUAGAUCUAUCAACAGUCUGCCCAGAGGAACAAAUCUUGAAUUGCAAUCAGCCUGAUAUGGAUGAUUGCGAGGGCUGUGAAAAUCAAGAUGAGGAUGCUGUUGCAAUGGUUGAAGAAUUACCUUCAGGUGAUGAAGCUGCCAACAGCAAUGACUCAGACUGGAGCAUGGAUUUUUCAACGGUUUUGAGAGUUAAACAAUUGCACAUCAGCUCUCCUAUUUUGGCAGCCAAAAGUCCAUUCUUCUAUAAGCUUUUCUCAAAUGGGAUGAGGGAGUCAGAGCAGCGACAUGUAACCUUGCGGAUCAAUGCAUCAGAGGAAGCUGCACUCAUGGAUCUCCUGAAUUUUAUGUAUAGUGGUACAUUAUCGGCAACAGCAGCACCUGCUCUGCUGGAUGUGCUAAUGGCUGCUGACAAAUUUGAGGUUGCCUCAUGCAUGAGGCAUUGCAGCCGCCAAUUGCGAAAUAUGUCUAUGACACCUGAGUCAGCAUUGCUAUACCUUGAGCUUCCUUCCAGUGUUUUGAUGGCUGAUGCAGUCCAGCCAUUGACUGAUGCAGCAAAGCAAUAUCUUGCCACUCGUUACAGGGACAUAACUAAGUUUCAAGAAGAGGUUAUGAGCUUACCCCUAGCAGGAAUAGAGGCUAUACUGUCGAGUGAUGAUCUCCAAGUUGCAUCAGAGGACGCAGUCUAUGACUUUGUUUUGAAGUGGGUCAGGCAGCAGUACCAUAAAGUGGAGGAACGGCGAGAAGUAUUGGGUUCCCGACUUGCACGUUUCAUUCGCUUUCCGUACAUGACAUGUCGGAAGCUAAAGAAGGUUUUAACUUGUAAUGAUUUUGACCAAGAAGUUGCAUCCAAACUUGUGCUUGAGGCCCUCUUUUUCAAGGCCGAAGCUCCACACCGACAGCGAACCUUGGCUGCCGAGGGUUCUAUAUCGAACCGUCACUUUGUGGAACGGGCUUACAAGUACCGUCCAGUUAAGGUUGUGGAAUUCGAACUUCCUAGGCAGCAAUGUGUUGUUUACCUGGAUCUGAAGCGGGAAGAGUGUGCAAAUUUAUUCCCAUCAGGACGGGUGUAUUCUCAGGCAUUCCACUUGGGUGGACAAGGGUUCUUCUUGUCAGCACAUUGCAACAUGGAUCAGCAGAGUUCAUUCCAUUGUUUCGGGCUAUUUCUGGGAAUGCAAGAAAAGGGGUCAGUGACUUUCGCAGUGGACUAUGAAUUUGCAGCAAGAUCAAAACCAAUGGAAGAUUUUGUGAGCAAAUACAAGGGCAACUACACAUUUACUGGGGGGAAGGCUGUUGGUUAUAGAAACUUAUUUGCCAUACCAUGGACUUCCUUCAUGGCCGAUGAUAGUCCUUACUUUAUAAAUGGGGUCCUCCACCUAAGAGCAGAGCUUACCAUCAGGCACUGACCGGCUUUUUCUUUUUAAUUAUGAAAACAUUAAUCCUGUAGGGUGCAUUCUAUAACAUUUAUAAAAAUGUUUCGUUCUUUUUACAAAUUGAA